UUGAAACUUAUGAGGACGAAAAGUUGGCUAUGUACAAAAUCUGUCGACCGGCAUCAACUGGUGUAGCAAAAUUUCCACAAACAAGACAAAUAACAUCUCUAUUAAAUACAGUAAGGUUUAUUCUUAAAUCACACACACACGCUAGGCUUGUGCUAUAGUCAUUGCUAAAGCCUUGAAGUGAGUUGAUAUCAUGGCAGUUGAGAAGGCUGGAAUUGCAAAAGAUGUUACGGAAUUGAUUGGCAAAACCCCAUUAGUAUAUCUGAAUAAAAUCACGGAUGAUUCUGUUGCUCGGGUUGCUGCCAAACUGGAAUUGAUGGAACCAUGCUCUAGUGUAAAAGACAGGAUUGCCUAUAGUAUGAUUACUGAUGCAGAGGAGAAGGGACUUAUCACACCUGGACAGAGUGUCCUCAUUGAGCCAACAAGUGGUAAUACUGGCAUUGGAUUAGCAUUCCUGGCAGCAGCCAAGGGUUACAAGCUCAUAAUUACAAUGCCUGCUUCAAUGAGUCUUGAAAGAAGAAUCAUUCUUCUGUCUUUUGGAGCUGAGUUGGUUCUCACAGAUCCAGCAAAGGGAAUAAAUGGGGCACUUCAGAAAGCUGAAGAGAUAUUAGCUAAGACUCCCAAUGCCUAUAUACUUCAGCAAUUUGAAAACCCUUCCAAUCCUAAGGUACAUUAUGAAACAACUGGUCCAGAGAUAUGGGAGGGCACAGGAGGGAAAGUUGAUGCACUUGUUAGUGGUAUAGGUACAGGUGGUACCAUAACGGGUGCAGGGAAAUUUCUUAAAGAGCAGAAUCCUAAUAUAAAGCUGUAUGGUGUGGAACCAGUUGAAAGUGCAGUACUCUCUGGAGGAAAACCUGGUCCACACAAGAUUCAAGGGAUUGGUGCUGGUUUUGUCCCUGGAGUAUUGGAAGUUAGCCUUUUAGAUGAAGUAGUUCAAAUAUCAAGUGAUGAAGCAAUAGAAACUGCAAAGCUUCUUGCACUUAAAGAAGGACUAUUUGUUGGAAUUUCAUCUGGAGCAGCAGCUGCAGCUGCCAUUAAGAUAGCAAAAAGACCAGAAAAUGCUGGAAAGCUUAUUGUCGUUAUUUUUCCAAGCUUUGGUGAGAGGUACCUGUCCACUGUGCUGUUUGACUCAGUCAGACAUGAAGCUGAAAGCCUGACUUUUGAAUCCUGAAUUCCACUUGAAGGCUCUAAGCUACAUCAUUACUGAUUUCAGGUGCUGUAUUUUAACUGGGAAACCAGUGAUCCUUGUAAUAAAGUUUGUGAUUCUCAAAUAAACAUUACAUCAAAAGAAAAGAAAGGAAAAACUCUCAAAUUAACAUUAAA